AUGACCAGCUCGGCGGCCGACACUCACCGCUGCCCCCACCCCAAAGGCGCCAAAGGCAGGUCCCGGAGCAGCCACGAGCGGCCGGUGAGCCUCGCCACCAGCGGGGGCUCGGAGGAGGAGGACAGAGACGGUGGGGUGCUGUUCCACAUGGACAAGAUCGGCUUCCCCAUGGACCCCAUGGACAGCCACACCUGGGAGCGCAUGUGGAUGCACGUGGCCAAGGUGCACCCCAAGGGCAGAGAGGUGGUGGGGGCCAUCAGGGACACCGCUUUCUUUGCAACGUCUUCAAUACCCCAGGUCCCAAACUACAGGCUGUCCAUGACUAUCCCAGACUGGCUCCAGGCGAUCCAGAAUUACAUGAAGACACUACAAUAUAAUCACACGGGGACCCAGUUCUUUGAAAUUAGGAAAAUGAGACCACUGAGCGGGUUAAUGGAAACAGUGAAGGAAAUGACCCAAGAGUCCUUGCCUAUCAAAUGCCUUGAAGCUGUCAUCCUGGGCAUAUACUUAAUCAAUGGGCAGCCUUCCACUGAGCGAUUCCCCUUUAGCCUUAAAACCUACUUCUCAGGAAAUUACUUUCACCACGUUGUGCUGGGAAUAUACUGCAAUGGCUGGUAUGGCUCACUGGGCAUGAGCCGAAGGGCUGAGCUGAUGGACAAGCCACUGACCUUUCGGACUCUCAGUGACCUUGUCUUUGACUUUGAAGACUCCUACAAGAAGUACCUGCACACAGUCAAGAAUGUCAAGAUUGGGCUCUAUGUCCCCUAUGAGCCUCAUAGCUUCCAACCUAUCGAAUGGAAGCAGCUGGUUCUCAAUGUCUCAAAGAUGCUGAGGGCCAGCAUAAGGAAGGAGCUGGAGAAAUAUGCCAGGGACUUGAGGAUGAAGAUCUUGAAGCCUUUGAGUGCCCAUUCUCCGACCCAGGUGAGAAGCCGGGGGAAAUCCCUGUCACCUCGAAGGAGACCGGCAAGUCCCCCGAGAAGGUUUGCCAGGCGAGACAAGUCUCCUGCCCUGCCCGAGAAGAAGGUGGAUCUCAGCACCCUGAAUGAAGUGGGUUAUCAGAUCCGAAUCUAGUCAAGCCACAGCGGC